AUGAGGGCGAGCCGUCAGAACACUCGCCGAGGGAGCUUCUGGCCGUUCAUCCUCGCUCUCUGCGAGGGCGCAAUGAUCUGGGUAAGUCCGUUGACUCGCGGAGCGAAGCUGCUGUCGGAAGUGGGACUUGGCAAACGCGGUGCAGACGACGACGAAUCACCAGGUGCAGCAAAGAACCCCAAGGGCCGCGCGGGCUCUGCCGGGGAUGUAGUAGUAUCUGUACUACUGUGA